UUUUAGCAUUUUUGGUGGAGAAGAAGGAAAAAAAAGAAUGGUGUACUCUUCAUAUCACUACACACCCAAGUACUACUCUACACUCCAAGACUCCAUCACCACACUCUGUAAAUCCAUUCUUCCUUUCAGCUUCAAGAAACGCUCUCUCCCGCCAGCCGAACACAACCUCUCCAAGCUCCAAUCUGAUAACCUCAAAUGGCAACAGAAUUCCUUCCAUCAGGUUCUCAACCUCAUGGCUCUUCACUCCGAAGGAAUUCUCGCUCAAUCUGAGGUCACUGCUUUCAGAACUAACUUGCUUGACACCCUCAUUGCUUCUCCCCCUCAACAAGAACACCCACUUAUUUUGAGAGACAAGUUGCUCUUUCUACAGCAGGAGCUGCUUUAUGCCAAAUGCAUUUCUGAAGAAGAAUACCAUUCUUCAAAGAGGCCUUUGCUGCAGAGAUUGGCGGUUCAAGGGGCUCAUAUUGAAGCUACAGAUGUCAUUGCGGCAAGGCCUAAGGAGAAGGAGGACCCCAAAGAGACUACUUCAGAAGAAGAGUGGUCGGUCAUUGACUUGAGAGAUGACAAGGACAAAGACAGCUCCGUGAGUUCGAAGAAUAAAUCAGCUAGGAAGCACAUUAAAGGAGCAGCCUCUGUUUUCGGGUUUGGAUCUUCUCACAAACAUGGCAAGAAUGGCAUGGAGAAAAGCGUCUUUGAAUUACCCUCCCAUCCAUCCAAGGGUAGUUCAAUUCUCAUGGAGGAAAGUGGGCCUCCAGAGAAGUUGAAGAGAAAGCCGUUUGUUACUUUGUUCCAAAGGGAGCCAAAAGAGGAACAUGGUGGUGGUGAAGCACAUCAGAUAGCAGGGAAAUCAGUGAAGAAGCAAUGGGGGUUUGAGGGGUUUAAGAAAUGGAAGAGAAGUGAGUUAGAUGAUGAGAAUGAGAGAGAGGCUUGUCAACAUCUUGGGGAGGGACCAGACACCAAGUUGAUCAAGAAGAAGUUGCAUGCUGAUGGUUCCCCAUCUGAUUUCUUCAUAGACAAGGUUUUGGGAGAUAAGAUCAAGAAGGAGCUCUCUAGAAUCCAGACAGAACUCAGCACCACAAACCCAAAUCUUAGAUUCACGAAUGAUCAGAUUGAAGCAAUCUCAACCAAAAUACCAGUGGACAAGGCUGAGUUGAAAAAUUACUUUCCCAAAUCAUGGUGUGACCGAUACGGCGACGUCGUGCUGGAUGUGGUGAAGAAAGAAUUCAAGGAACAUGUGGGAGAAAUGGAGAACAUGCGCAACAUUGCGAGAGAGAAACACAGCAGCAACUCAAAUCGGUGGACAACGUUUGGCAAUGACGAAAACAUGCAUCCGAAUUCAGUUCGCAGCAGUUACAUCAAUCCAUUUUCUCAGGGUUACUCUCAGACCAAGUGGAACUAA